UUUCUGUUGAGAGGGAAGCAACUGUCACUCUGAGGAAAACGUUCUCAGAAGCAGUUUCAUGGGAAUUCUCUUUGUAAAGGGGAACCUGUCUCGGGGGAAAAAAAAUUAUAGGAGACAGCCGGGCAAUUGUGCAGCUAAGCAGUCAUGAAGAAAAUCAGUGUGGUGAAUCUUGAUGCACUUUUAGAGGGCUUUUUAAAUAUAGAAAAGAAAAUAUCAGGGCUUCAUGGAAAAAAUAAUAUUCUUAGUCUUCAGUUAGAUGAAACAAACAAGUUACUGACAGCAAGCCAAAUGAAGGAAGAGUCAGCUAGAGAAGAAUGUGCUACACUCCAAAAUGUGAUUAAAGGUCUCCAACAAACUAUAGAAAACCAGUAUAAUUUGAGAGAUGAAAGUGAGAGACUGAAGAACACAGCUCAUAAUUUAGAAGAGAAACUAAAAUCCCAAGAACAGGAACAUAAAAAUAUGGUUGAUAGACUCAUGAGAGAAAUUGAAAAGAAGGAGGAGGAACACAAGCUUGAACAAUGGAAGCUGCAGUAUGACAUGAAUAAAAAAUUUGAAGCCAUGGAGGAAGAGCACAAGCUACUAAUAGAGAAAAAAGAUAUGGAGAUUUUAGAAUUAACUAAACAACUCAGAGCACAAGAAAAAGAAAAACAGGAUGAGAUAAUCAAAUUGCAAAUAGAGUUCAAUGCUGAAUUGGUAAAGCUUCAGACCAAAAUGCCCAAGUCCUAUCCAAAUCCCACUUCACUGCCUCAAAACAUUUACAGAAGGAAGCUUCAGCAUCUUCAAGAAGAGAAGAAUAAGGAAAUUGAAGUUCUCCGUAAUACCAUCAGAAACUUGGAACAGAGGCUUGGCAAAGGUGAAGGUGUCCAUUUCAAAUGUUGA